AUGGGCAUUGCAGAGACUUUAGAGAUGCCAAACCCAAGAGCUUUGAAUCUGGAAGUAUUGCUUGGAGAUGACGUGGCUACCUAUGGCACCAUCGAUAAGGCUCUUACCCUGUCUGUUGGAGAGAUUACAGCCCCUGAUGAGGAGCCUACGAUGCGUGGCUUGAGCUGGCGAACGUUGUGGGCGUAUGCUGGUCCAGGGUGGCUCAUGAGCAUCGCAUAUGUUGAUCCUGGCAACCUAGAGAGUGACCUACAGGCUGGAGCUUACGCUGGAUACCAGCUCAUUUGGGUUCUAUUUGGAGCAACGGCAAUGGGAUAUUUCUUGCAAGUAUUAGCUGCACGAUUGGGUGUUGUUACUGGAAAAAAUCUGGCUGAAAUGUGCACGGCAGUAUAUCCGCGAUGGGUGUCACUAACGUUGUGGAUCAUGACGGAGAUUGCAAUUGUUGGGAGUGACAUACAAGAAGUGUUAGGAUCAUCCAUUGCAUUUCAGGUGCUUUUCGGACUUCCAUUGUGGAUCGGAUGUUUGAUCACGGGUUUCGACACACUUACUUUCUUGUUGCUUCACCGCUACGGUAUUCGAAAGCUUGAAGCAUUCUUUGUUACAUUGAUCGUGGUCAUGCUAGUCUGCUUUUGCGCCAACUUGGUCCGUGGAGACGUGGCAUCAUCAGAUGUAAUGAGCGGCUUCGUGCCGCGAGUUGAUCGCUACGCGGUGACGCAAGCAGUGGGCAUUCUUGGAGCUGUGAUCAUGCCACACAAUAUAUUCUUGCACUCAGCGCUCGUGCAGACUAGACAAGUCAAUCGACACGAUGGACGCAAGGUGCGCGAGGCGAACAAGUACUUUGCAAUCGAGUCUUGUCUGGCUCUGUUCGUGUCAUUCUUGAUCAACUUGGCAGUGCUAGCAGUUUUUGCAAAAGGUUUUUUCUCGUCACAUUGUACAACAUCGUAUGAUACACACGGAGUCAACACAGCUUGUGUUCCAGGAGCUAUUGCAAAUGGCGACACAUAUGGCCAUUGUCAGCUUGCUAACGGUGGUGAAGGUAUGUGCCAGGAAAUAGGCUUAUCUCAGGCUGGUGUGGCACUCAGUGGCAUGCUGGGAGAAUAUGCCGAUGUCGUUUGGGCAAUUGGUCUAUUGGCUGCAGGACAGAGCUCCACCAUGACAGGAACUUAUGCGGGUCAAUUUGUCAUGGAAGGAUUUCUCCAACUUCACCUUGUGCCAUGGAAACGUGUAGCGCUAACACGAUGUGUAUCACUCGUUCCUGCAAUGACUGUGGCAAUUCUAAGUCAAGAAAACCCUGCAGAUAGUGACCAUAUGGACGAGUUGCUCAACGUGCUGCAGUCCAUCCAACUACCAUUUGCGCUACUUCCUGUGCUAAUCUUCACGAGCUCAACGUCUAUCAUGGGAAAUUUUGCAAACAAUAGAGCAACGCUUUUGGUGUUGUCAGACUCAUCGCACUGGGAGGCACGUGUUGUUUAUACUUUAGCUUCCUGGGAUAUUUAG